CACCCUCACUGUGAAAUUAGCGAAUACUGCAGCAAGAAGUGAGUGUGUGUGUCACGAUCAAGAGGAAAGAGCAAGCGGGGAUUAAUAUUUAUAAAAAAAAACUCUCAUCUGGCUGGUGACAGUUUUAUGGCAGGUUAUUGUGGAUGUAUUAAUAGCCGCCACUCAGCCUUGCUGCCAAUCCCCUGUGGCCCAAAAAACAUUCUCCUCAUAGACCACCAUUAUAAAAGAGACGUAUGGAAAACUGAUGACAGGACACCUCCAACUACAAACAAGAGAUGGCAGCUAUUCGGAAGAAGCUGGUGAUUGUCGGGGAUGGAGCUUGCGGAAAAACAUGUCUUCUCAUUGUUUUCAGUAAAGACCAGUUUCCUGAAGUCUACGUCCCGACAGUGUUUGAGAACUACAUCGCUGAUAUUGAAGUUGAUGGAAAACAGGUGGAGUUGGCGCUGUGGGAUACUGCAGGCCAAGAGGACUACGACAGGCUGAGGCCUCUCUCCUACCCUGACACAGACGUCAUCCUCAUGUGCUUCUCCAUCGACAGCCCAGACAGUUUAGAAAAUAUCCCUGAGAAGUGGACGCCUGAGGUGAAGCACUUCUGUCCCAAUGUUCCCAUCAUCCUGGUGGGGAACAAGAAGGACCUGAGGAAUGAUGAGCACACACGGAGAGAGCUGGCCAAGAUGAAGCAGGAGCCGGUGAAGCCAGAAGAAGGCAGAGACAUGGCUGGCAGGAUCAGUGCUUUUGGCUACUUGGAGUGCUCUGCCAAGACCAAGGAUGGCGUGCGGGAAGUGUUCGAGAUGGCCACUAGAGCGGCACUGCAGGUCCGCAAGCGCAAGAAGAAAGCCGGCUGCACACUGCUGUGAGCAGUUUAGACACCAUAAAAUCAACUGACCAAUAGUAGAAAAACAAAACACAUGAAAAGGACUGACCCUUUACCAAAUGGCAUCUUUGUACUGUAUCUUGCAUUUCACGAUAACAGGCAGGCAGAUGAAUCGAAAGCAAACAGACCUAAUACAGGAAAUGGACUUUGUCUAUAUUACAGCUGUUAGAAAUUGAUGUUUAAAGUUCCAUGUUGAUUUGUUCAUUUUCUUCAAAAAUCUGUCUUUACGCAUAGAAUGAUUUCCUACUUGUUUUUCUUUAUAUUUGUAAUGUAACGAGGCAGUGAUAGAUGCACAUAUUUGUAUGCAAUAUUGUUCUUCACGAGCUUGGGCGAGCAGCGUCCUUCUUAGCUUGUAUAGUCUUCAUGAGUAAGGUCUUGUCCAAACAGUCCAGACUGUCCUGUUUAGUAUCAGUUCUGUUUAUCAUGGUAGCAGUCGCGAUAUACAAUGAAAGUUGAUAUCUUUUGACCGUAAGAGCUAGUGCCUUUUGUUUUGUUUUGUUUUUAAGUUUUUACCACUGUCUACUUCUCAUGUUUGUCAGCUAGCUAACAUUUCAGCUGAGGGGUUCUCCAUUGUACUGUAGAUCAUUUUACACAGCGUUGUCAUUGUGAAACCAGAGCAAAGCCAUAACUAAGGCUUUCAGUGCUGUUGACAACUCGUCAAGCACAACAAAUGGUUGCUUGUGUCAUUUUUAUUGGCAUGAAACAUCAGCGUUCCCUCAACAUUUGCCAUACUCAUUGAGGAUAAAAAAGGUAGCUGCCUCUGUAAUGCGAUACAUAGUCAAUAAAGGAGUGAGUGUAAGAGUAUAAGAUCUGAUUAUUUACAUGCAUCCCUCAUAACUAUUGCUAAUCUGUGCAGUGGACCAGGAUGGGCAGAUUAGAACUGACCAAUCAAGACACAAGCCAAUAUGACUCAACUUUCCCAAAAGGCUGUUAGGACCAACAGGGAGAUAACACAGCUGAAACAGAAAUCACAUGAAGGCCAAGACCUGGUAAAACCUCCCCUGUUUGUUUAUUGUGAGUGACUGAGUUCAGCUCUUCUUCUACUGCAAUGCAAGAGAGCCGGUCACGCCCACUGUUGGAAUCUGUGUUUGACAGGUUAGCCCAGUCAUGGAAAUUAUGUCUUGUCAGAGAUGUUAGCCUUUGCGUGUGGAUGUUUCCAGUUGGACGACAUUCUUUACAUGUUUGAGAGAAACUGAGUUGUGUGUGAGGAGCUUGUUUUUCCCCGGUGCCUUCUCUGUACUGGUGUGCCUUUUAGUUGUUCUCUCCCAGACCAGAUAGACCAGCUGCUCUAUGCCAACCUGAUACUGACUGACAAGGUCAAGAGUGACAUUUCUGACAUGUUUCACAAAGCUUGGUUCUUUGAAAUUCUUCAAAAAUAUGCUUGAUUACACAAAAUGUGUUGUUACAUUUCCUAAAACUUUCAGUCCUCAUAACACAAAUAUUAACAUUGUAUCUGUAAAUGCAGUCUCUCAUGUAGUUUUGCGUCAAGACUGAGUCAUGGGAAAAUUACAAAACUUUAACAUUACAUAUUUCCUCAACAUCACUGGGAAAACAUCUGUCUGGAGCCAUAAAGAGUGUCUAUGAUGUUUUAGAGUUGUGUAUUACUGCCAAAAAAGUUGUGGACUGUGGAAAGAUGGAAAUUGGUUUAAUUGAUUUGUCGAUCUUUAUCCCGAUCUAUGUUGCUCUUGAUCUUCACUUCUUGGCAAGAAACAUUUGAUAUUUUAUGUAUCAUGUCAAAGGAGCAGAAGAUCAUCAAGGGUCUACACUGAAUUGUACUCAUAGAAGCUUUUGGAGACAUGUCAGAGAUCGUCCACUGGUCCCAGUUCUUGCUCACGUGUCCUCUCAGAAUACUUAAUUGUGAAUUUGACCUGAAAAUAUAUUGGCUUGAUAUACAAUGCUUGAAAGGCCCAGCGACUGUCCUUAGGCACAUACUCUUAGUGGCAUUCCUUUUCUCUGCCUCUGUUGCUCAUUCAUGAACUGUACAUGUCCCUUGGUUGCAUGUUGCUGUCUGUCUAGAGGAGGGUGGACGUUGAAAUGUGUGUGGCAAAACGAUAUCUUUGAUGUUGCAUGCAACCUUCUUAUAAUGCCAGUAAAGGCAAGAAACCUACCAGCUGGCAGGAUCUGUAUCUGUUAUAUUGUAAUGCCAUCUGUAAAGCAACUUUAUACCCUCUACUGGCCAAGCACAUAUGCUUUAACUGAGUGAUCCAAUGGAGCUACAACUUAUAAAACUAUUUUCCACAGCUCAACUGGUGUUUUUUUGUUUGUUUUUUUUGAGGAGAGGGGGCAUUGAUUACAAUCACACACAAGCACCAUAUUAAAAUUGUUACUUCAACUCUUUAUACAGUGGAUACUAUGUUUUAACUCUGGACUUUGUGCAUUAUUGUGGACAACAAGCACACUAACAAGGCAAGAGUAAAGAGAUUCAGAUCCUUACGAAUAAAGAUUUUUAUCAAUGAAAACAUAAGCCUUGAGUUCUGGGUUUCAUAGUUGUGGCAUGAUGUUCACGAGUCUCAACAAGCUUAACGCCAAGGAAUUCUUGGAAAUUAGAGGUCGGCAGAGAUAGUCGAAUAACUUUCACAGCUGGAAGCGUAGCAUAAUGAUAAAAGCAUUCCCUUAGAGCAGCAGAGGGUCUAGUGUUGAACAUAUCACUAAAAGCAUGUACAGUACUGCUGUUAAUGUGUAUGCAGAUGUUGCGCUAAAUCAAAAGUUGUCCUUAUGAUGUCGAUGCAUGCAUGAGAAAACCAUGGGUCUUUACAGUGUGCACGCACACACAAACAUUACACGCACACGUCUUUGGGAACAGCUUCUGCUCAGUGUUGUGUAACAUUUUUCUUUCUUUCAAUGGAAGUAUUUGAAAUGAUAAAAGGAUCCAGAUUUAUAUAAAAGCUCAUUGUAAUAAUGCUUUGUAAACAGAAAGUGUUGCAGUGAAUGUUUAAUCUGAAGUGAACAUAAACAUUGUUAAUAAACUAUUUUUGAGACAAGA